CGAUCCCAAAACUGAUUCUGUUCUUGUCUUCCUCUCUUUUUUGUUUUGGCCGCCUCCUCCCUUACCUCCUCACUGCGGGUUGCCCUCCUUCAUCAAUGGCGGAAGCUACGGCAGAAAAAUCCUCUGCUCUUGCUGAGCAAUAUUUUGUGAAGGAAAAUGAGGAGAAAACAGAAACAAGCACAAAAUCCGUGGAGGUCAAAGAAGUUGAAGCCCCUAAGGAGAUAGCUUCUCAAGAAGCCAUUGCUGAGAAGACUGUGGAAGCAGCCACUGCAGUUGCCCCCGCGGUUACUGAGGAAAGCAGUGAAGUCGUUCCAGCUGCUGAAGAAAGCACUGAAUCCAACUCUGAUGCUUCUGAAGGAAGCAACAAUGCAACUACAGAGCAAAAUAGUGAAAAUACUGAUGAAAACUCGAGUGAACCAGAAGCAGCAGAAGAAACCCCACAAAUCAAGCUUGAGACUGCUCCAGCUGAUUUCCGCUUCCCAACUACAAAUCAAACUAGGCAUUGCUUUACUCGAUAUGUUGAGUAUCACCGAUGCGUAGCUGCUAAAGGAGAAGGUGCCCCAGAAUGUGACAAGUUUGCAAAAUAUUACCGUUCUCUCUGUCCUGGGGAAUGGAUUGACAGAUGGAAUGAGCAAAGGGAGAACGGAACAUUCCCUGGUCCUCUGUAGGAUGUUGCUUCCCCGAAAUUAUCUACACAAGUCUCCUGCUUCUGUCACAUUGAAAUUGUUAUUCGGCUUCACAUAAAAAAAUCUGCUGAGAGAUCCAAACUCUCAACCCCAUGGGGCAUGUUGAAUGUUAUACAAUCAAUCAAUAAGAAAUUUUGACUAUCUAUUUGAACUAGCUUGAGUUCGAAUACGGAUGCUUUCGUUGCUGAUAAAGAGUCGAUUGACUGUUUUGAAUUA